UUAAUUGUUGGCAAAAUGUCAAAGGUUUUGUUAGUCUGCAAAUUCACAAUUUUGUGUUGGCUGCUUUUGGCGUGUUUUUCUGCGGUAAUAGCUGCCCCCAAACCUGAGACAGCAGUUGUGGAAGCAGAAGAUCUUGAAACUGGAGCAGCAGCAGCAGCAGUUGAAAAGGAUGACUUGGAGGGUUCCUCAUCAUAUGGUUAUGGAUAUUAUUCUUCACCCUAUUUGUAUGGUGGACAUCUUGGAGGAUAUGGUGGAUAUGGCGGCUAUGGUUUAGGAUAUCCCUACUAUGGGGGAUAUUAUGGUAUAGGUUAUCCCUACUAUGGUGGCUACUAUGGAGGAUACCAUGGCUUACAUGGACAUUAUUUCUAGUUUUAUAAAAGUUAAGAUACAUAAAUUCUGAUUUAUUUCUCAUUUCUCCAGUAACACAGAUGUGGAUUAUUGUCAUCAAAAACACACACAAGCUCAUAUUAUGCAUAUCUUUACCCAAGUGAUUAAUCAUUUUUUUUAUUUCCUUGUGCUAAAUAUCUCAUGAUUCUCUUAAACUUUUAAGUUAAAACCUUUCGAUAAGUUUUAUU